AGGAAGUCAUGCUGUGAUUGGUGUAUCCACAGAGCACUGCCCGCUACAAACCUCUGGUUACACUGCACUGAUGGGAGGAGACUCACAGUCCUGGGGAUGGGAACUCACAAACAAUCAGCUGUGGCAUGCAGGGCAAGCCCUGGGGAGAUACCCCGGGGAGAGAGGGGUGCAGGCGGAAGAGCAAUCUGUGUCCCCCCCCCACCCUGUCCCGGAGCGCGUGCUGCUGGUUCUGGACGCGGACACAGGAACUCUGGGAUAUGUAGUAGAUGACUGCUUCCUGGGCAUGGCCUUUAAGGACCUCCCCCAAGGGGUGGAGCUUUUCCCAGCCAUUAGCAGCGUAAGGGGUGGAGCCUUCAUACGACUACGCUACCUCAACGGAGCUACCCGUGAGCCUCCUGCACUGAUGGCUCUCUGUGGUCUGUCCAUCCAUGUGUCCAUGGGGAAAGAGAGAGAGACUCAGACAGACAGACUGCCUCUGCCUCCUCCUCUUCAACGCUACAUCCUGCCCAGCAUGUGACACACAAACUAUAGAGUAAAUAGGAACGUUCUCACUGACUCAAGGUCCAUAUACGGCUAAAUUACAGUUUUUAAUUGAAUUAAGCAGGUCAUCCAUAAAAUAAAUGAGCCUCUGUAUUGUAGGGGCCAAUGAGUGGUUUGUGUAACAGCAACCAUCAUUGGACAGUGCUGCACACAUUGUGAUGUUAGCUCCUCUCUGGACUGGGACAUCCACGGUUACUCUCUGUCCAAUAACAUUUCUUCCCCUGCGUCGUGUUUUUGCCAGGUUGAAUCCAGCUUCAUCCAAAAAGAUGAAUGUAUGUGCAGUUUGCCUGGCUUCCAUCUCCAUUACUCUCUAAAAUACAGUAAAUCCACAGUUUUACAGUACUUUACAUUAUGCAUAGCUGUGUAUAUACCCUGUUUAGUUAAUGAACAUACAUCUUAGCUGGACAUAUUGAUACCAGAGUUCUUUCAUACGUUCACCGUUUCUCUCAAAGGGUACAGUGUACAACUGCUUCAUCCUUAUUUUAUGUUUCUCUAGGACACUUGGGUAGGUUUUCAGCUGAAAUUGCAAUCAGCUGUGUUUGGAAUGAUUACAUAUUCUGCUGAGAUGUUCUAUAUGUUUCUAUCUGGUUACUGUAGAAAUACACAACAUUUGCCAUCAUUCUGUUUUGAACAGUUUUGGAAACAGUGUGUUAGUGGGAAGAAAAAGAAAGCGAACCCUUUGGAAAUACCUGGAUUUCUGCAUAAAUUGGUCAUAAAAUUUAAUCUGAUCUUAAUCUAGGUCACAACAAUAGAGAAACAUGGUCUGCUUAAACUAAUAACACACAAACAA